AUGCAGAUUUUCGUCAAGACCCCGACGGGCAAGACGAUCACGCUCGACGUCGAGCCGUCCGAGACGAUCGACAGCGUGAGGCUGAAGAUCCAGGACAAGGAGGGCAUUCCUCCUGACGAGCAGCGCCUCAUCUACGGCAGGCAGCUCGAGGACGGCCGCACUCUGAGUGACUACGACAUCCACAUGGAAUCGACGCUCCACCUGGUGCUCCGGCUAGGAGGAGCACCUCCUGGCCCGUAUUACCAUCAGUGGAUACGGAGCAUCGCCGUAAAUGGAGCAGAUCUGAGGACGUCAGAUGUCCCGUUCGAGAAUGAAGCAGGAGAUGGAACUUUAGUUUCCAUUCUAUUUUGCACGAACGCCGAGUCCUCAGACCCUGCAAAAGGCAACUCGUAUAUAAACGUGGCCGCCCUGAUCCCUCCAAUUAGGAAUGAAUCGUCGAAUGUAGAGGCGUUCGCUAUCACAUGUCGUGGGGGCGAUGACAGACGAAGGGAAUGUGUCCUGGCUAACGGCUCUCGUGUCCUGGCGUUGCUGCCCACGGCAUUCACACACACAGCGAACACAUUGAAUAUCAGAUUCCCGAAGCUUCGGCCGGGAGAGUACUACAUCUUCAGGAUCGCUACCUUGGGCAGAGGGAGUUGUGUGGGCAGGUCUGGUGAAUGCUUCCGGGAUCGACAUGCGGUGCGGUUUCAGACUCGCGAUCGGGUCCUCGCUUGUCCGAUCUGCCGCACGCAGCCUCCACGCCGCGCCUGUGGGAACAGAGUCUUCGCAUCGGCGAAAUGUCCGGUCUGCCUCGAGACGGCGGAACCCGUCGUGGCCCUGCCCUGCGGCCACGCCCUCUGCGAGGCCUGCUUCGGGAGCAUCCCGGGCGGCGCCCUGCUCGUCAAUGGACAAAGUGUCGGCGCUACUCCUCGCCCUACGGAGGAGGCGCAGGACCGCGACGCGACGCGGCAGCGGCGGGAAGCGGCGCGAGAAGACGAGGACGCGGCGGCGCGGCGCGAGGCCGUCGAGCGGUCGCGGCGCGAGGCGGAGCGGGCCCGCGCCGAGCUCCGCGCCGCGCGCGACGAGGCGGCGCGCCGCGAGGCUGCCCGCGCGAGGGAGCGCGACGAGGCGGCGCGCCGCGAGGCCGCCCGCGCGAGGGAGCGCGACGAGGCGGCGCGCCGCGCGAGGGAGCGCGACGAGGCGGCGCGCCGCGCGAGGGAGCGCGACGAGGCGGCGCGCCGCGAGGCCGCCCGCGCGAGGGAAGCGGCAGCGAGAGAGCGCCCAUCCUACAAUGCCGCAUUCGCGGUUAACCAGCGCGUCGAGGUGCGGUCGCGCGGCGGCAACCAGUGGUUCACCGGCAAGAUCACAGCUAUUCGCGGCGACCGCUUGUACGACAUCCUAUACGACGACGAGGAUUCCGAGGCACGCGUCGCCGAAUCGCGGAUUCGCCGGUGGGUAUCCACGCCGCACACUGGGUAG